CAUAUAUAUUUAAUUAAAAUAAAAAUAAAAUAUUGUCAUUUUACAUUUCAUGACGGAAACUCACGAAUGAGUUCCGUCAACCACAUGCGUAGCGGCCUGCGUGCAUAUGGCUACCUUGAGUCUGUAGAAGUUGGCAAAUGGCGGUGUUUCUGAUUAAUAACUGUCAAUUUCAAGGAUGCGGACUGCGAUUUACGACAUUAACAGAACUCAUACAACAUAUAGAAGACACUCAUUUAGAAACAGAUGUUAAAACACUUGAAAAACAAGAAAUGCACCCGCCGGCAUCUGUUCCUCUAAGUCAAAUUUUAAGAAUAUCAGCAGAUGCUGCUAAAAGGGCACAAGCUGAGUUGAUCCGAAAGCGGUCCCGUGCUCAAUCCCCCGUGUGUUCUCCUUCAAAUAAUGAAGUCAACCAUUCCAAAACUGCUCUUGUGUUGAACGUUGAACCAUCUAGCAUGCAGUCAUCGCCAACUACUACUUAUACGCGAAGUAACUCUACGACAGGAAGUGAAUUUGAUGAAGAAGAAGUAAGUGAGAAUGAAGACAGUGAUGAUUCUUGGACCAAUCAAGAAGAGUUCUCGUCUGAUCUAAUUUUAAGCAUGAAGAACAUGAAAGAAGUGGAUGGAGAUAAACCAUUUGGAUGUCCUGUACCUGGUUGUAAAAAACGGUAUAAGAAUAUCAAUGGAAUCAAGUACCAUGCGCGACAUGGUCACCGCAAGGAUGCACGAGUGAGGAAAGGUUACCGGUGUCACUGUGGAAAAAGCUACAAAACUCCUCAAGGAUUACGCAGUCACAACAUUAACCACCAUCCUGCGUUUGACAUUCUCUCUUUAUCACAACAGAACUGCACACCACAACAACAAGUGCAGUCCUUACAACUGCCAACACAACAACAACCACCACAACAACAACAACCACAGCAACAACAACAGCAGCAGCAGCCACCGGUGCGACCAACACAUUUGACGGUGUCGCCAGCCAAGCCCUCUGCUGCACAACUGACUUGCACAACUUCGACGGCUGCCGUCAGUACGCCUUCGAUUACGCCAACAAAUCUCACAUCAGUUAGCCCAUCAUUAGCUGCUGCCCUUUCGCAGACAAUGCUAACACAAUCUCAGCUGAUGGCACAGCUGCCGUCCGGCAUUCCUUCAAUGUCAGUUCCGUCAGCUAAUUCUGCUCCGUCUGUUGGUCAUGUUCAGUUGAUUGGCCAACAGGCUGCGCUCGUCACUACUGCAGCGUAUGAGAAGUGAAACAUGAAAACUUGCAAAAAAACCCAAAAAAAAAAACCAAAACAUAAAAAAAAAAGUAACACAAUAUUUUUUUUUUGUGCUUGUUGAAUAUUUGAAUU